AUGUGGCCUCAGUUGGUCUUUAGAAGAUUUGGUAGUCAAUGGGUGCGGUUAUCACAGUGUUACCAGAAGCUUCCGCCUAAGCUAUCGCUAGUUUUACAAGGUUACAAUUCUAAGAAAAUAAGGUGCGGUCUGGUGUUGCCCAGUAACAAUGGAGGUUUACAGGGUGGAUCCGCAUUUUUGAGUGCUCUGCUGGCUGACGUUUACUCCCCUGACCAGACUUGGUUCCAUGUUUGGAGACAGAGGUACUUGCAGUACAAUUCACCCUCGACGGUUCUGGUAAAAUAUGGGAAUGUGUUUGAUAAGCAGUCUGGAAAAUUGGGAGGCGCGGAUGUGACUACUUUUAGUGUGCCCUCACCUUUCUUGCAGAAGCACGAUGUGGAGUUUUUAGAGGUUCAAUCUACGAAUCUACUGGAUGAUGAUGGAUGCCAUUUUUAUAUCAACCUACAACAAAAUGUUACGAAUACCAGCGCUCUUUACGAUUGGCCUACAGUUAAUCUCAAGCUGAAUCCGAAUAUACGGGAAUUGCCGUUACCAAUUGAAAACCAGUUAGAUCCCCAGUGGGCACUUGGAGCUACAUGUAAUUUUAUUAACGAUAAAAAAACCGUAGACGGGUAUUUGGAUGCAAUGCAAAGAUCGAAUUUUGCUAGUGUAAAGAAACAAUUGGAGAGUAAAUUACAAGACGUGGAUGGUAUAUUUCGAGAUUUACAAGCUAGCGUAUUGGAGAACAUCGCACGUAGAGAGAAUUUACACGAUCAGCAUAGAAAAUUGGUUAAUGAUAAAAGAGAGAUCUCGAUGAAGAUUCAAAGAUGGAGUGAAAGUGCACAUGCUGAGUUGCAAUCGAGCGUACUUCCCAAAUUGCAAGAAUUUGUUAAAAAUCAAUUAUCCAUAUGGAAAGUUUACGGCUAUUCUGAAAGUAAAUUACAGUUAAAACUUAUAAACAUGAUUACCGGACCUCUGCAUAACUUACAAAUGGUGAACUCUUUGAAUAGACUUAAGGGUGAGUUACAAAUCGAUGACAUGGAUAGCAAGAAUCUUGUCGAUACGGGGGAAAUUAAUCAUAGGGCUACUUCUUUACACAAGGAUAUUAACAAAAUCGUCUAUCAAAAUUUCUUACUUUUGCAAUUGCCAUUGAUACUAGUGGCUACAUUAGGUGUCGUUUCGGGAGAAUGCUCCUCUUUUUCCAUGGGGGCCCUCGCUUCAUUUGGUAUCGUCUUGGGAUUUAGUAGAGUAUUGGCAAUAUGGCAGUCUCUAUUAGAUAGCUAUGUGAAAAGAAUCCGAGAAACUUUAAGUUCAAAUAUCGAGAAUGAAAAAGUUGGCCUCAUCAAUGAGUAUCAAACUAGUUUUGCUACCAAGGAGAAAGACUUUGAAACCAAGUACGAAAUCUUCCGCUCCCUAGCUUCCUUCACCGAUUAA